AUGGCGACAAACAGAGAUCCUUACCUAGACACCUUAGACCGCAACAGAAAGAGGGCUCGAGAAUUGGGCUGGAUUUUGGGUGAGUCGGAGUUCGAUCAGGCACACGCUGAUCGCGUAGCCGCGCAUGCUCAACAUACAGCGCAGCCGACGGCACCCAAACCGACGGCAGACAGUGGCUCAGAUGCCGAUGAGCUUGUCUCUGCAUCUAAAUCCCCGGGCGGGCAUGGUUGGAGUCAACCUGCAGCAAUGUACACGGCAUCUGCGACCAACCGGUAUCCUGUGCAACUUGAGUUUAGUAACGAAGCGAACAUCAUGUGCACGGCUUUGUUUGACACGGGAUGUCACGACAACUGGAUAUCUCGACGGAAGGUUGAUUCUGUCGGGCUGCACGUUGGACCCUUGCCUGCUCACCUAGCCUCGCAGAAGCUGCUCGAUUUCAGUGGCACGCGCUGUCAGGCGACCGGAUUUGUCAAAGUCACCUGGAUACUACCUAAAAAGACGGCACAUUUUCGAUUGCUGGUUGCAGAAAAUCUCCCCAUCGACAUAUUGUUUGGGUUCGAGUUGCUGCUCGACCAAGGCUUCUUGAGAUUCCCACCUGACGGGUUCGUGGGGCCUCUCACGAUGCCCGAGAAGUCUGCAGAAGAAAGAGGCGACGAGGGGGGGCGCCGACUCAGUGCAGCUGAGAAAACAGCGCAGAUCGACCGCCAUAUACAGUGGCAAGACGAAAUGCGUCGUGAAGGAUGGACUUGGGAUCAUGACCGGCAACAGUAUUUCAAGCGGGAAAGCGGGAGCUCCACCAAGCGCUGGCAUCCCGGCGGACCUACACUGGACUUCUCGAAGCUCCAGCGUGCGUCCCAUUGA